UUCAAAAUGAUUCGAAUAAUUUCUCUUGUUUUUCUAUUUUCGGUACUCAAUGUUUUGGUUGAUUCGAAUUCAAUGCCGAUGCGAAUGAUGGCUGUCAAGCCAGGAGAUAAACUAGAAAUCGAGUAUUACAAUCCAACAAAAAUCUCCAGAUUUGUCAAAAAUGCGAAAGGAGUUGAAAUUGAACACGUUUUCAGAGUGUGCAAUGGAAAGAAUAAGGCGAAAUGUGGAUAUUGGGAGAACGUCAAGACAAAGAAGAAGGUUGCACGAGCGACAACUUACAAUAAAAAGAAGAAUAUUCUGACUGUUCCAAAAAUGAAAGCGGCCGAUGCGGGAACUUAUAGAGAUAAUAAUUAUGAUACUGUAACUGUUUAUGUUAUGUGA